AUGGAUGCCUUCGUGAAGGUGCGGAUUUUGAGCUCCAUCUCAACAGAAGAAUUCAGCAAGUAUCUGAACAGCACAAACCCAGUGAUUAAUGGUUCUGAACUCUGCACACUACUUGAUAAUUACAACAGAACCACUCAGUACCUGGAGAUGGAGCCUGUUUUGUCCUCAGCUCUGGCCAGCCGAACAUUAGAGUGUGUGUGGCCUCGUGCACUUAGUGCCUCAUCUCAGGCUGAUGUAGAACAGUGGUUUAAUGUCACACUGCUUCACUACCUGCCCUACCUCAGCUCUCAGCUCAUCAGCUCCACCCAGCUCAGUGGUGCCUCUUGUCUGUCAUACAGGAAACUGGUGUCCAUCCUAGGGGACAACUACACCUUUGCUGCAGCUGAUUUCACCCCAGCUGAUGUGUACAGCUCUAUUAAAGAGUAUUUAAGCAGCGGCAAUGGCAGCCCUCGCUGCUAUAACUCUUCAGAUCCUCUUCUGAACUCCACUGCCUGGUUUGUCGAUAAUAUCGGAUUCUUCAUCACCUUCAUCACCCUCACUGAUCUUCAAUUAUUCCUAUCAGGAAACAUGUCAAGUGUGUUCCUGAAGAACUCUGAAAAUCUUCAGUUGUUCAACAAUGCAAACAUUUCAGCCAGUGUCCUGCAGUACUACACAAGAGAGUUGUACCUCCAGAAUCCUGACUUCAGCCCACUCAGAUUGCCACCUGAGCUGCUGUGUCAAAGUCCUUCCUCCAUGUUUGUUCCUCUUGGAGAUGCAGACAUUCAGACCAUCCUCACUAAGAUCAACAACUUCUGUACAGAAUUUAAUCCAGAGGUUACAGCGGUGCUGGUAGCAAAGUUCCCCAAUAUAACAACAGAUGCCAUCCAAAAGUUGGGUAGCCAGUGCGUGGGCCUGACUGUGGGCCAGAUAAACUCUGCCCCCUCCAAUGUGUUAAACACUACACUGUCUACACUCAGUAUCAUCAGUGGCUGGGACCAGGGCCAAUUGAAUGCCCUCAUCCAGAGCAUCAUUAGUUCAGGCUUUAAUUCUGUCACCAUCAGUACUGCAGGGAUUCUCCUGUGGUUCAGUUCAGACUCUGCCAAUACAAAAGCCAAAGAUCUAGUGAAAGCCUGUAGACCACGUGCAGACAGAGACAAGGUUGUCCUGGAAGAGGCUCAGCUGAUCUGCAUGUACAACUACGUAAAACAAGAUCCAUUUGUUAACUUUACUGAUGUCCCCUCUGACCUGCUACUGUACUACAGCUAUGAGAAGAUACCGAAGGUGAACUGCCAGUCAUAUUUCAGUGCCCUGGGCAAAGCAGAUUUCUAUGUUGUUUCUCCUGUCCUUGACAAAAUGACCAACCUGUUCAACAAUGCAAAGGACUGCCUGGGUAUAUCUGGUGUGAGCCUGACCGGGGAUCAGGUGGAUGUUCUUGGGAAUAUGGCCUGCACACUGGAAUUCUCCUACAUUCAGAACUCUGACCCUCUCAUUUUGGAAAAACUAAAGAACUGUGAAGAUCUUUCUGAUUCUCAGAUCACUGCUAUACAGUCACUGCUGCUCAGUGGAAACACUACUUAUGGUAAUCCAUCAACAUGGAAUGAGCAGACCGUGGAACAACUCGGCAUGCUGGCUGUUUAUUUCAAAUCAGACCUCUGCAACAAGCUUAGCUUUAAUGUAAAAAGGAAAGUUCUUUCAGUCCUGAGGAAGCAGAAGCUCCCAAUAAAGAAACUAAGUGCAUUCUUUACAGAAUGCAACUCAGAAAGCACUACAGUGAGCAAGAUCACAGCAGCAACAAUUGCAGAUACAUCGUUUCCUUACGGCUUUAACUCCACGCUGUUUGAUCUGUAUCUGGACAUCGAUGUCCUACAGGACAACCUGGCAGCCAUUACUGAGAAAGUGGUGGACACCAGCCUCCAGAAUGUCAUUCUGAACAAGUUAAACCAGAUUUAUCCAUCAGGCCUUAAUGAUGAUGUGCUGCAACUACUAGGUUCCACGUCUCGGGUAGCAUCUAUUGAUGCUAUUAGCAAAUGGAACAUUACUAUAAUUGAUACGCUGUCCUCUUUACUGGACUCAAAUGAUGGAAGCUGGGAACCAGAAAAGAGUAAAGCAAUCAUCAUGAGAUAUCUGAACAUUGAUAUUCAUUCUCUGGGAAGUGCUGAAAUAAAUAUCAUUGGUUCUUACAUCUGUACAUUAGACAUCAAUGUACUGGAAAAUAUCACUGCUGAGAACCUAAUAAUGGUCCUGCCUCCAGAUCUGACUUUGUGUUCGACUCAACAGAAAUCUGCUCUGUACAUCAUUGCCAAAUCUUCAUUUAUCAAUCUCCGCAGCAAUGCCACUACGUACUACCAACUCAUGACACCCUACCUAGGUGGAGCACCCGUGGAGGAUAUAGAAGCACUUUCCACCCAGAACAUCAACAUGGACAUCAACAUAUUCAUUAGUCUGAAACCCGAAGUUCUCCAGACCCUGAAUGUGAGCACAGUGAAGGCUCUAUUGGGGGUAAACAUGGCUGAUCUGAAGCUAUUUGAGAACUCCUCAGCCAUUCAAUCCUGGGUGUCACAACAAAACCAAUCUGAUUUGGACACACUGACUCUUGGCCUCAUCAACCGCAACCCUUGUUAUGGUGUUAACAGUUACCCACUUUCUAAAGAUUUUGCAUCUGGAAACAUUUCUGCAGUACUGUGCAACUUCAACAUUUCUGAUUAUGCAUGUUCAUCAGUAAGUCUUCUGUGA